ACGCCUAGUUGCUGAACAACACGAAAAUACCAACAGGAUUUAGUUAUGAGGAGUCCUUUAGAACAAUAAAUUGUGCCACAAGUGGGGAGGUGGUGCAUUUUCAUUCCCUUCGUAUAGAAAUCCUAAUUGGGAGAAGGUAAAGAGGUGCCUAGAUAUGCUUUCUUAAUCUAAUUAAGAUACUUAGAUGCAAGCUUGCCUCAUGGCCAAAUAAUUCCUUUAUCAUUUAAUUCUUUCCCAUAUAGCUAAACAUCCAGAGAUAAAAGCAUUGAUGAAGCCAGACAACAAUCUGAUCUGGGUGGUUGUGCUGAUGGUUCUUGCGCAGUUGGUUGCGUUUUAUCUAGUGAAAGACUUGGACUGGAAGUGGGUGAUCUUUUGGGCAUAUGUUUUUGGAAGCUGCAUUAGCCACUCCAUGACUUUAGCUAUUCAUGAGAUCUCUCACAACAGUGCCUUUGGCAACAACAAAGCAAUGUGGAAUCGGUGGUUUGGAAUAUUUGCCAACUUCCCUCUGGGUGUCCCAUACUCGGUAUCCUUCAAGAGAUACCACAUGGAUCAUCAUCGUUAUUUAGGAGGUGAUGGAAUUGAUGUGGACAUUCCCACCAACUUUGAAGGCUGGUUUUUCUGCACCCGUUUUAGGAAGUUCACGUGGAUUGUUCUUCAGCCUCUUUUCUAUGCGAUUAGACCUCUCUGCAUCAACCCCAAACCAAUCACUCGCCUGGAAGUCAUCAACUUGUUGGCUCAGCUUUCUUUUGAUGUCGUGAUAUACUACUUAUGGGGAGUCAAAUCAGUUUGUUACAUGCUCGCAGGUUCAGUACUUGGACUUGGGUUGCACCCAAUUUCAGGACACUUCAUAGCUGAACAUUACAUGUUCUUAAAGGGACAUGAGACUUAUUCCUACUAUGGGCCACUUAACUUGCUCACUUUUAAUGUUGGUUAUCACAAUGAACACCAUGACUUUCCCAAUAUUCCUGGCAAGAGUCUUCCACUGGUGAAGAAAAUAGCAGCCGAAUACUACGACAACCUGCCACAGUAUAACUCUUGGAUAAAAGUGCUUUAUGACUUCGUGAUGGAUGAUACAAUCAGCCCAUAUUCACGCAUGAAAAGGCAAUUAAAGGGUGAAGUGAAACAAGAUUAAACUUCUGGCAACCAAAAAAAAACCUCUGAAAUGUCUGCUUGCUUUGAAGUGGCUGGUACAAAGUCCCUUGCUGACGAUGUUCACUUAUACCCUGAAUUAAGAUCUACAG